AGCGCCACCCAACGUAACAACCAAACAUUUCGCGUGCAUCGUUGCGUUAGCGUUUGUAUUCAAGAUAAAAUGGCUUCCGAUUCAUUGAAGUUUGAGCCCAACCGACGCGGCUUUAACGAAAAGGAAGGUUCGCGGAAGCGCCGAAUAAGUCAAAACUCAGAUACAGGCGGGAAACGCAAACAGUUCAAUGGCGACGAGGACGACGGCUACAAUUUCAAAAUGCUGGUCCCAAACGGAGUGGCCGGCGCGAUCAUCGGCAAAGGCGGCGAGACUAUCGAAAGGAUACAAAAAGAUAGCGGGGCACGCGUUCUGGUGUCUAAGUCGCACGAUUUCUAUCCCGGGACGAACGAGCGCAUUUGCCUAGUUACUGGUAACAGGGAAUCCAUUCUGAACAUUAUAGACUUUGUGCUUGAAAAGGUCUGUGAGAAAUCAUCAGAGAAUCAGAGGGACAAUGGUGAAGGGAGCCAAAUAAAGAUCGUCAUUCCCAACAGCACCGCCGGGAUGAUCAUAGGCAAGGGAGGGUCCUACAUCAGGCAGAUUAAAGAGGAAAGUGGCUGUUCGUUUGUUCAAGUUUCCCAUAAGAACAACGACAUGAAUUUGCAUGAGCGUUAUGUCACCAUCGUCGGUAAUUACGACGAGAUGAAGCACGCUUGCGAUUUGGUAUUGGGCAAAAUUAUGGAGGACCCACAGAGUACAAAUUAUACAAAUGUCUCUUACAACAACUUUGAUCGUCCACCCUCAGGUCACAAUCAUAAUCAGAGGCCACCAGAUGGACCCCCGUUCAACUCUAUGGGGCCCAUGCAGCAAAUGCAGAUGAAUAAACCCAUGAACAAUUCAGGGGUGAACCUCAGUAUAAACCUGAACUCUGCAGGCUCCAACAGCACCUUGGGGGGUCUAUCUCAACUGCUUGAUCAAAUAAAAAUGCAGCUGAAAGGUUGUGGACUGACUGAAUUGGAGGUUAUGGAAGUAUGCGCAGCGUUGACUGUGCUGGCCAAAUAUGGGAUCUUAGGAUUGGGAGGCUUGUCUAUAGCCAACAUUACGGACUUGUUAAGUCAAAGGGGCGACAAUAGAAUGUUUGGCACGCUGGAAAAAAUUAUUCAGGACUGUCUGAUGACGAAACCUGCACCUUUUGGGGGUGGUAGUGGACCCGAUAGGUCACAGCCAUUUGGGCCUGGUCCUAAUAGGUUUGGCCCAAAUUCUUCUAUGAAUAGGGGUGGCAACUUCAGGAGAAAAUAAAUAUCCACCUCCAAAUAAUAAUUUUAUUUAUUAUAAGUUCAAAUUCGACAAUUUAUGUUAGUUUCAUAGAUCUAUAUUUCAGAUAUUCUUUUUUUAUGCCAUUGUUCAUGCUCUGGGAUACCUUUCCUCUCAAUGUGUACACCUACCUAAUGAUCCAUUAAAGUAACUGUAGUUUUUAAUAAAAUUUGCAAAUCAU